AAAUAUGUGUGAUAAACAAUUAUAUUCAAUGAUUGAAGAAGCAUUGCAUCCGAUCCAUUUCCAAAAACUUUUGAGUUUGACUUGAUCGAAUUUCUUUUAAUCUUCGUGAGUGUCACGAAGGCAUGAAAUUUGCUUUUGAUCCUUCUUCGAAAGGUUGGUAGUUUGCAAACUAUAUAUAAAAGAAACAUGUACAAGUCAAGAGGUAUUGUUCUAAUUUGUCUGGAAGAUCUCGAAAGGAAGAAUAAACCAUGGCUACUUCUUUUAAUUCAUGGAGCUUUAGGUUCUUUUCGAUGACAUUUAUUACAACAUUGGCUAUCAUCAGCAAACCUUCCGUUGCAGUUCCAGUACUGUUUCAGCCAAGCCCUUGGGCCCUUGCCCAUGCCACCUUUUAUGGCGACGAAACCGCUUCCGAGACUAUGGGAGGAGCUUGUGGGUAUGGGAAUUUGUUUAGCAAUGGUUAUGGUACGGACACAGCUGCUCUGAUCACAACAUUGUUCAACAAUGGGUUUGCUUGCGGAACUUGUUUCCAAAUAAAGUGUGUUCAGUCAUCUUGGUGCUACAGUGCGGAUCCAUUCACCACAGUUACUGCAACCAACCUUUGCCCUCCAAAUUGGGCCGAAGACUCCAACAAUGGUGGCUGGUGCAACCCUCCUCGAGUCCACUUUGACAUGUCCAAGCCCGCUUUCAUGAAAAUUGCUCAGUGGAAGGCUGGCAUUGUCCCUGUCAUGUACCGAAGGGUACCGUGCGUAAGGCCAGGCGGGCUUAGAUUUUCUUUCCAAGGAAAUGGGUACUGGUUGUUGGUGUAUGUGAUGAAUGUGGGAGGAGGUGGUGACAUUGCAAGCAUGUGGGUUAAAGGAAGCAAAACAGGGUGGAUUAGCAUGAGUCAUAACUGGGGAGCUUCAUACCAGGCAUUUGCAACUCUUGGAGGCCAGUCUCUUUCCUUCAAGAUCACUUCAUACACAUCCAAGGAGACUGUCAUAGCCUGGAAUGUUGCACCUGAAGAUUGGAAUGUAGGAUUGACUUACAAUUCAAAUGUGAACUUCCAUUAAUCAACAAGUUCACAAUAGCUCUUCUUUUUUCCUUUUACUUUUCCCCUUUUUAAAGCCCUAGGCCCAUGCAUUAUUGCUUUCCUUUUCUUGGAGAUAUUUUCCUUUGUACUUUGUAGAGCAUAGGCAACUGGGCAGCUGCAUGGUUCAACCCUGUUUGAAUGGCCAGGAGAAAUUA